AUGACAAAGGACAGUAUGAUCGUGAUGCGAUACCAAAUAGAGGCAUCCGACGAUAAUGGAAAGACGUACAGAACAGGUGCACAGCAGAAUUUGGACCUGCAGUUUGUUGUGGAGGAACUUUUCGACAAUGAUCAUCGUGUUUCUAAUCAGAGAGGAGGAGAUGGACAAUUUAUCUUUACAGCUCUAGAUACAGGCACACACAAGAUUUGCUUGUCUCCAGUUACUGUUGAUGGAUACCAGCUUGCAGCCAAGUCGCGAAUCAGCUUAGAUGUUACAUCUGGAGGCCAAGAUAUACUUCAAAAUCCAGACACCAAGAAGUUGACUAAUGAACUCAACUUGAGACAGCUUUACGAGAAGUUGAACCACGUCAAAGCGGAAUAUAUGACGUUCCGGGGCAGGGAGGCGGCCUUUAGAGAUAUGAGUGAGGCUGUGAACUCCAGUGCUGUGAAGUGGGUGAUCAUCCAGAUCAUCGUUCUUUGCUCGAUUGGAUACUUCCAGUUGCACAUGCUCAAGACCUUCUUUAUUAAGGAGAAGGUCGUCUGA